AUGUUGAAACACAGUUCCGCUGCCACUAAAGAGAACGACUCGCCAAAGCUCAAGGUCCUGGAUAUCGUGUCCAAGUUGGAACCGUCUCUAGAUCACAGUCAUACACACUGGUGGAAGCUCACCAGCCCGCAGCUGGCUCUGAUGCUGGAGGCGGCCGACUAUUCCAUCGAGAAGCAGUUUGAGACUCUCCUCUUCCACUACCACUGGGUCGUCCCCUAUCUCGGCCCCAAACCCGACGCAGAUGGCAACUUUAAGUGGAGGUCUCUCGUCUCAGAUGUUGGCAUCCCCCUUGAAUACUCUUGGAAAUGGGAUACAGCUACCAGCGGGCCGGAUGUGCGCCUCACAAUUGAGCCCAUAAACGAGCUCAGCGGCACCCGGGUUGACCCUCUCAACCAGGCCCCUUCUCUGGAGUUACUCCACCGUCUCGCCGAAAUACUGCCCCGACUAGAUGUGUCCUGGGCUAGCCACUUCCUCUCUACAUUCUAUGAUCAUGACAAGCUCAAGUACAUAAAGGAAUCCGAGAGCGAAACGGGGAUGCCCCUCCGCUCCACCAUGUUGGUUUGCUUCGAAUUCGGCCGCAAUGGCAUCACGACCAAGACGUAUAUGAGCCCGCGGAAGCUCGGACAGCAAGGAUUCGCCCCCUUGUCAGAUUACCACUCAGCCAUUGCAGCCCUCGGACCGAGUUGUGCCCUUGAUGCCGUGACCGAGUUUUUGAACAACAGCCCGGAAGGGCCGCACCUGAGCCCUUUCAUGCUGGCCGUUGACAACAUCAUCCCGUGCUCUUCCCGACUCAAAUUAUACUUCGCCACGCCCCGGACAAGCUAUAACUCGAUCCGCGAAGUUCUAACCCUGGGCGGCCGCCUAUCGACCGUGACUCUGGAGUCGAAGCUCCGCGCAAUCCACGAACUUGUUAAAGCCAUCAUGCCCUUCCCGCCUGAUCUUCCCGACGAUGCCGAUAUCCCCUUCCCAGAGCAGGUCUUGUCCCCAACUGUGCAGGACCUAGCUGAAUCCUCCGACAUGGCGAAUCAACGGCCCGCCUUCGUCGCUGGUUACCAAUACUACUUCGACAUCGCCCCUGGCGCCUCCCUUCCUGAUAUCAAGUUUUACAUCCCCAUUCGCAAGGCACAAAUGAAUGAUCAGGCUGUCGCGACUGGUCUGACAAAUUGGAUGAGGGCGCAAGGACGGGGUGCGUUCUGCAAUGCCUAUACACGAGUUCUGGAAGGUUUAGCCGGUGGCAGGGAUUUGAGUAAGUGCCAUGGACUGCAUACUCAUAUCUGCGUCAUGCUCAAGGGUAAUGGGGAGUUUGACGUCACUUCUUAUUUGGCACCGGGCUGCAAGUGA